CAACUUGCCCACGAACACAGACCGCUUGCUUCUUGCGCGAGGCGCGUGAGCGGCGAUGUCCAGUGUAUGCCCGCAAGCGAGCGGAAAGCCCGACAACUCGCCAUUGCGGUGGACAGCGCAGGGCCAGCUUUGAAGCUUCAUUCGCGGUGGAUUGCCGUACUUGUGCGGAAACGACGAAGAGAGCUCUGCAGGCCCUGCGCAACAGCUCUGUAUGGCUUCUCGAAGGACGUCUCUUUCUGGCAGUCAGGCACCACCAUCCGCUUCCGCGGGCCGUCCCCUCCCCGGCCCGCGGGUGGUGCUUCCGACAAAAGCCCGCAUAAUAGAGUCAUGCGACGCGCGUGCAGUCGGCCUGUCCUGUUAAAAUGCAGGCGUGGGGCCGUUUUCCCCCCGUGGGCGACUAUGGCUUCACUCGAGCGCGACCGCGAAGACCCUGCCGUUGGCGUGCUGCACACCCAUGCGCAACUGGAAAUCGACAACUAUGCGGAGGUCGUCAAGGGCGCCGCGGCGAAUGACGAGGCGGAGCAUAAGCAGACGCUGCGGGAGGCCUUCCGCAUCCACAAGAAGGCUGUCUUUUGGAGCGUGGUAUUGAGCGCGGCGUUGAUUAUGGAGGGGUAUGAUGUCGUCGUGAUAGCCUCGUUCUACGAGCACCCCGCCUUCCUUAACCGGUUUGGGAUAUACGACGAAACGGCGAAGCGGCGGCUUAUCCCCGCGCCGUGGCAGUCUGGCCUGGGCAACGGGUCCUCGGUGGGGGGGAUUAUAGGGCUGAUGAUCAACGGGUGGGCGAGUGAGAAGUUUGGCCCGCGCAGGACAUACAUCGUCUCCAUGCUCGGCAUGAUCGUCUCCAUCUUCGGGCCGGUCUUUAGCAAGACUCUAGGCGCCCUCGUCGCAAGCGAGGUCAUCUGCGGGCUCUUCUGGGGCGUCUUCCAAACGCUGACCACGGCUUACGCAAGCGAGGUGUGCCCUAUUGCGCUGCGGCACUACCUCACGGCGUACAUCAACAUGUGCUGGGGCAUCGGCAUCUUCCUUUCCUCUGGCGUCGUCCGCGCGAGCAUCACCAUCGAGUCCGACUGGGGCUGGCGCCUCCCGUUCGUCAUCCAGUGGGUGUGGCCCGUCCCGCUCAUCCUCGGGGCCUAUUUCGCGCCAGAGAGCCCGUGGUGGCUCGUCCGGCAGGGGAGACACGCCGAUGCAGAAAAGUCAGUACGACGGCUGACGAACCAUGAGCUGUACUCGGAAGAAGACGCGAAGCGGUCCGUGGCGAACAUGAUCCACACGACGGCGAUCGAGCGCGAGAUGCAGGCGGGGACGUCGUACCUGCAGUGCUUCAGCGGGAUCGACCGGCGCCGGACCGAGAUCGCGAUGAUGGUGUUUGCGAUCCAGCUGCUCAGCGGGGAGAACCUGAUUGGGCAGGGUGUGCAAUUCUUCGUGCAAGCAGGCCUCGGCCAGACCGCGGCCUUCGACGUCAACCUGGCGUUGAACUCGAUGUUCAUCAUCGGCACCGUUGCCUCCUGGUUCAUCCUCGCGCGGGUGGGCAGACGGGCGCUGUACAUCUCCGGGCUGGCCGCCAUGGCGGUCGUUCUGGCGAUCAUCGGCGCGCUGGGGUUCCACCCAUCAGAAGGCGCCAAGUGGGCCUCGGGGGGCCUGCUCAUCGCGCUCAACUUUGUGUACAACGCGACGCUCGGCGCGGGGUGCUACGUCAUCAUCGCGGAGGUCGGGUCGACGCGGCUGCGGGCGAAGACGAUCGUGCUCGCGCGCUGCGCGUACCAGGUGAUGAACAUCAUCUGCGGGAUCAUCGUGCCGCGCAUGCUCAGCCCCGCGGCGUGGAACUGGGGCCCGAAGAGCGGCAUAUUCUGGUUCGUGUUCGCGACGCUUAGCGCGGUGUACUGCUGGUUCCGCCUCCCAGAGACGGCGAACCGCUCGUACGGCGAGCUCGACGUGCUCUUCGAAAAUAGGGUCCCCGCGUGGCGCUUCAAGAGCGCGAAGGUCGACCAAUUCGACGCCGCCGGCAGCCGAUCACGCGACGAGAAGGCGAGCGAGAGCCACGAGGAAGCCAAAUGA